AUGGUGGUUUCGGGAGAAGCAAGGGAACAUCCGAUGGGAAUCGUUGGUUAUCAAGUAGCAAAGCUCUUGGAUGCUAUAACUUUGAAGAAGAAAGACGUCAUCCUUCAACUAUUCAAUACCACUGCUGACGACCAGAAGAAUGUGGACCAAUUCAUUGAAAAAUUCCAAGGAAUUGGGAUUACUAUCUUAUCUGCGAAGUUCAUCAACAACGGAAGAAUUGAAUCCGAUGUUUUGAUUUCUGGGAAGAUUCCAGGCAAGAUUUUUAUGAGCAAGAGCCCUGGGAGUUUAACUGGAUGGAAAAUCACUCAACUCGGAAUUGAAAAACCAAAAUCGGUUGGGAAAAGGCAUUGGGAGUUCUCGAUGUGCUAUGUUGGACUUUUGUGGUGUGCGAUUGAAUCGGUGGUCGAAUGGGGAAACCACAUUCAUGAACAAUAA